AUGGAGCUUCCGCCCGAUCACAUUCGCGCGCUCGAUCAAUUGCGCACGCGUCUUUCGCAGCUCGCGACAUCGCUCCGCCUGCUGCUCGACCAUCUCCAGAACCACAACCCUCUCCCAACAUGGUAGGCUGUCUUUCUUUCAAUUGCUGAUGUAGCGCUGCCAUCUCUUGGCAGGCCGUGGUCGUAUGCUUCAGUCCCGCUAAGGUAAGUGCACUACAGGCCUUCUCUCCAGGCAGACGCAUCGACCGUGGGCGUCAACUUGGCUGAGCUUGCCGAUGUCCUCAACUCUCAGCGCCAGCUCUUCUCCGCCAUGCACGCCUAUCCACUGCCCAACUAUCCCGGACCCACUCAGGAAAACAUCCUCCAGGGAUUGCUGCGUAAGAAGCUGGACCCGAGAGCCGAAGCGUGGAUUGACGACUCUUUGAAGUCAGAGACAGGAGGUCACACAAGCGAUGCCCUAUUAUCAGACGAGCAAAUGGAAGAAAUAUGGGAGUCGGCAAAGCCGUUGAGCCGCGAGAUCAUUGCACCAAUGCUGGAGGAAGAGAUCUUCGAGGAUGACUACACCAUCGAAGAGCGAGCGAAGGGCGUGGAAAACGUCGUGACGGGAAUCAAGCGCAUUGAUGAGGAAGAUGACGGUGACGCGAUGGACGAAGACAAGCCUUCAGAGAUGCCUUCGAUUCCCGGCUCCGAUCCCACGAAGCCCAUGGAACCACUCCAGAACCUGUUGAGAUUUGCGACCACGGGAGAUUUGAAUCCUCCAGGACCCAGUCGGUAG